GGUAUCGAUACGCUGUUGCGUGUCCCACAAUCAGUACUUAAACGGAACAAUAAAAAGGGAGAUGGAUGGACAGCCAUCAACGGUGAGAUAUCCAACACUAUGGCCUACCUACUGUAUCACCCUGGCGGUGACAAGGAGCUUAUGCGGUUGGUUGGCCGAGAUGGAACC